UUUCUGCCUGCCUCACCUCACUUCACUUCACCGCUACGUACCUAGCUACUCGCACUAGCACGAACACUACCAGGGCCAACAUGGAGACCUCGAACCGCGCCAUCCCUACUGCGACUGCGGCCGCCGACGGCCCUCGCCCGUUCGCCAUUGCGAUCAACGGCGACUUCAUCAUCCAGCUCACUCCACCCGCGACGCCUCCACUCUCUGAGAGGACAGUCAACAGCGGACAACCUUGGCGCGGAGCCCGCGUAGUCCAGUUUCGCGUUUCGAGAGCCGUUAUGCAGGAGCAUUCCACGCUCUUCCGUGACAUCUUCCGCGCUCAGCCAAAUUUGACUAUGAUCAAUUUCGAGAGCAAAUGCUCCGGCUUCGGCUAUGCCCUCGAGAUCUGGCUUCGAGCGAUCCACAAUGGCGUUAACAGUCUCCCGGAGAAUCUCAAGGCCACUCACAUGGAGCGGGCGUGGGUCGCUAUUGGAGUAGGUGAAUCUUUCGGCUUCGCUCCACAGCAUCUCGACAAGAUCAAACCUUGGUUCCUUGACGGCUACAAUUAUGCGCUCAAUCAUGGACCGGGCCUCAGCCCCAUGAUGGCCCGCUGCUUGGCCUUCCCGUGCAGCGUCUUCGACUACGCCGAGGGCUUCAUGAAGCUAACCAAGUAUCUCGCUUAUAACACGAACGGCAACAUCUUCACAUACAAUCCCAGCAACUUUCAGGCCCUAGCAUCGGACGCUCGCGUUCUUGACGGUCCGCUUACCACUGCGCGCGCUCACAUUCAAUCCGUCAUCGACCGUGAGCUCUUCUUCCCGUUGGAGAAGCUCCACCGCGCCACUUGUGUCUGCCGUAAAGAGACCGCCUUCGACUACGAGGCCACGCUAAGGUCGCUUGGCUGUUGGCCAGUCGACCAAGCUGUCAAACAGUAUACUCUCGCCGACAUCAUCGACUACCUUUCAAACUUUAACUUCACACCCAAGACUCAGGCCUGCGAUUCCGGAGCCUGCUACCACGACUUCAAGAAGUCCGUCGACAUUGCCAUUCAGAGGGCAAAAGAGUACUUCGACGGACUUUGCCUGGAUUGCACGGAGCGAAGCCUCCAGGACGAAGGACAGUCCCGUGAGGACUACAUUCAGAAGAAUUCGCCAUACAAGGACUGUUGGGACAUGAAUUGCCGCUUUGGGCAUGGGAGGCCUUCGUGGUACUUCUCCUGGAUGGGGCCCUCUGACAUCCGCCGAGACAUCUGCUCCAAGUUCCGCGAAGAGAAGCGUCAGGAAGCCCUCGAAGGAAAGGGCAGACAAGGCCGACGAGGCAAGCGAGCUGGCAAGGGCUCUACCGCACCUCGCAACCAAGGCGCUGCCCCCUUCGACCCAAAGGUCCCUCCCUGUGGUCUUCCGCAGUCUUCCUCACAGUUUCCGAAUAACAACACUCUUAAAGAGAACCCCGACGAAGGUGACGACCACCAAGACUCGGAAAUCGACGAUGACGACGAUGACGAGUUCUUUGACGCCGAGGACACAUCUUUCGAGAGCCAAAAUGUCGCUGCUGACGACGAGGACGCUGAGGGCCUCGACCACUACUCUAUCAACUGAAAUCGCGGCAGACACGAGCAUCUAGGCUAUGAUAUGCAACCACCGAUUUGUCAUGCAAUCUUCAUAUGAGGAAUUGGUUGUUGUAUUUUUCCUAUUUGCUUAGGAGAGCGGCGUUUGGUUGGA